AAAAUUAUGUUCUAAUUGCCAUAUGUAACAUGUGUUCGAAAACCUGUCUGCGAUACAAGUCUGUAACAAACGUGCAGGCUGAUUUUCAGCCAAGACCGUUCGUUGUCACUACGAUUCAAAGCGAGUAGGCAAAGGAUUGCCUACUCGCUAUGAUUUAUUGAAAGCUGGGUUGAUAUUUUGUUGGCUGUAGAACAUAUCUCCAUGUAAAUUGUAAGUAGCUGUUUUCCAGCAUACGAAAAUGCCAUUGGAUAGGUAAGUGACAUAGUGCAGUAUCUUAGAGUAGCCUGACACACUGUUCAUGUCUUCCGGCGUUCUCUCGUUAGCAUCUACGAAAUUACUGGAGCUUCGCAAGAUUCUUGUCGGAGGCUCCUCAGUAAUCUUGUUUUCAAUAACUCAGAGAUACUCCAAUCAACAUUGAAUACUCGUCAAGUUUGCAAGAAACUUUAUUCUCUAUGAUUGGUUGUUUCAUGUGGUAUCUCACAGCAAAGUACCACCCAUAACAUCAUGCUGACUAUGCAAUCUACCAAUGCCAAACGUAUGUCCCAAUAGUGAAGUUAAUAUCAUGGCACGUAUGAUUUUUUGCCAGCCAAAAGAACGCCCCCCGUAUGAAGCCUCCAACGCCAAGAAUGCCAACUAUCCCGGAAUCCUUCCAUUUAGAAUUUAGAAUCUCUCCUUCAUCCUCGCCGCCACAGUUCUCAGAUUCCCAUAAACCUUGCCCGGAGGACUACCAAGAAUCAAGCUGACCACUGCCGUUUUGGCAAUCUGGAUAUUCUUGAAGCCGCCCAGAAGGUGGAUUUUCGAAUCUGCAAGUACGAUUCUCGUCCUACUGGCAUUCUCGAUAGCAAAUUUGGUCUUCCCGUCCUUGCCUGCAAUCCUUCCAAUCGCUCUGCCCAAAUGCUCUCCCUGCAAAGUCUUAACAUCCUGAAUCUGGAAUGUUUGGAUAUACAAGUCGUCUAGACGGAGAAGAGCGAUCGCAUCGUCGAUAUCGAAGCCGAGAGAGAAAGCCUGCACAAAAUCGGCACCUUUCUGUAGCGCUCCUGGGUCUGUGGUAUGCUUGGAGGAUCGGAGCUCAACGGAUUUCGAAUGGAUGUUCAUGCGAACUUGCAGCUUCAGGUGCUCGACAAGUGGUGGGUACAUUUUUGGCCAGACUGCUUUGAGGGGCGUCAUUCUGUGAGGUGGUAUAGGUACUUUUCUGGUUUCAACUCGGUCCACACGAUCCUGCCAGGCAUUAGCGUCUACUUGCGCUGCAUGUUUGAGAUGGACCAUACAGCGGUCUUAGAUGGUGCAAAUCUUGGUCUACCCUCCUCAUCAAUGUGCAUCUCGGUAUCUCCCUCCACUGGCUGAACUGCAUUCAAAUCUGUUGGUUCCGCAUCUGGCGCAUCAAGGAGAAGUUCAUCGUCGUCCUCUGCAUUCUGUCAGUCCAUGCAAUCACGGCAAGCGGUAAGUCCACGCACCCUGUGGUAAAGGGACACUGGCAGCCUCCGCCAGUUCCUCUGGCUUUCUUAGCAGGGCGGUGGGUGCGGGCAUUGUUGUGUGGACGUGAAAGACGAGGGUUCUUGGUGGGGGAACAAAUUUGAAUUGUCGAUAUCAGAUAAGGUUGUGAGAAAAUUGUCCCGGGCGCUCAGACCAGAUUGUGGCACGUGCUAAGGCUAGUGCAUCGCGUCCAGCCAAGAAAUCCAGACCAAAAGCCUAGUAAAGCGUCAUCAAAAUUGAGUUCUCCUCUUUCCCUCGCGUGCUUGUCUUCUGCUUCCGAUUAUUCUGUGGAUUUUGCGACUUCAAGAGUUCGCACGUUUUCAGAAUGAUCUGGAGAGUAUGUCUUCAAAUAUAACGCAGAGGCUGUGGUCCCAUUUCCGGGAUCCAGCAAGCCAUUUCGUGGCCUUCAAGCCAUCCGGAUUACCUCGAAAAUCCGCGUUCCCGUGGUCAAACUCCACACAGAAUUCGACAAGAGCCUUCUCGUGGAGCCGACCACGACCUCAAACACCUUCAUCGAAGAGAUCGGUGUCUAAAAGCUUUGCUUCCUGCGGCUUUCUCUUCAUAGAUCUUAGCCCUUCGACGACGCCGACACCAUCAGCACUUGCCGCAUGUGUUGCGACUACAGAAAAAUCACUUUGUACUACUACCAGAAUUCCCCGAAAAACGAUCGCUUCUUUGGCGCAGCAGGCAUGGCGUAGGGAAAUCCAUUCGAACACUCGAAGAAGAGAAAGGGGCAGCGCGAGGAGAAACAAGAGCUCUGCAGCAAGUGAACAGAAUACUCUCAAGCAAGUUCAAAAUGGAAACAACUCGUUCAAAGCUUCCCCCGUUACGAAAAAAACCGAAACCCCAGUACUGGACUCCAAGCCGAGUACGUACCUUCAUCUUCCACAUAUGCAUAGACCUACGAAGGAGGAAUUGCUUGCGGCAGCAACAGGGUUUUGGUCGCGAUUAAAAGUCCGAUUUAAAUGGUUUUCUAUAAGGAGUUCUCGGCCCUGGAAUAUCGACGACUGGAGUGCCUUUGUUUCGUGGUUUGUCCUGGGAAAUAUUGUUUGGGUUUUAGUUGGGACCACAACCUUCUUCUCGCUCGUUAUUUUCUCCAUUAAUACCGUUGUAGCACAAGAAACUCUAGCCAGAUGGAUCGGCGAUUACCUUACACAUUCCGCAGGAGUGAAGGUAGUUUUUGAGUCCGCAAUUGUACCAAAAUGGAGGAAUGGUGUCAUCACUUUCCACAAUGUAUUUGUGUCCAGAAGGCCGGGCCAAGGAAGGACGAAAGUCAGUAAAGGAUCCUCGAUGAGUGCUGCAGCUGAGGCAGCGGCGGAGAGACAAGCUGAAGCAGGAGGACGAAAGGACGAAGAGGAGGAAGAUACAAACUACACGCAAUUCGACUUGACGAUCGGGACCGUCAACGUCACCCUAUCAUUUGUAAAGUGGUGGAAUGGGAAAGGCCUUCUCCGUGAUGUUGAGGUAAAAGGAGUUAGAGGCGUAGUUGACAGGACUUCUGUUCAUUGGGGUGGAGAAUAUGUCGACCCGAAGACAUACCGUCAUAAGCACCAUCCAGGAGAUUUUGAGAUUGACUCAUUCAAAAUGGAGGAUCUUUUGGUCACAAUAUAUCAACCGAACGGGUUCAGACCGUUCUCGGUAAGCAUUUUCAAUUGUGAACUUCCGCAGUUGAGGAAACAAUGGCUGUUCUACGACUUCCUCUCGGCGAACAACAUGUCAGGAGCAUUCGACGGAUCACUUUUUACGAUCCAUCCCAGACAAUUGCACGGUUUUGCAAACGUGCAUCAUGAUGACGAACCGAGUGGGGAAUCCAGUCCCUGGAAGAAGCAGAGCCGACUUCGUAUCGACGGUUUGAAAAUAGAUCACCUCAAUCGUGGUGUUGAAGGACCGUUUGGAUGGAUCCAUGAAGGGAACGUAGACAUUGUAGCAGACGUCAUGUUUCCAGCAGAUACCGAUGACAGUAUCGCAAAAGUCAUGUCCGAUUUCUACGACCGCAUGGAAGCUACUGUAGCAUCAAAUCGCUACAUCCACAUCCUUGAGAAUCCGCGGACAGCAGACCUCAACACCCCUGAGGAACGAGCAGCUUAUCAAGAGAAGAUGAGCAGAGACGACGACAAGCGGUUCCUCGUCAUGGAUCUCCGAGUUCACCUCAACGACGUCAGAGCCGCAGUACCUCUUUUCACCCGCGACUUGUCUUAUAUAAAUCAGGCGCUCAUCCGGCCGAUCGUGGCGUACAUCAACUCCCAAAAGACAUUCAUUCCAAUAAACUGCCGAAUCGUAAAGCGAGCCAGCGAGUUUGACGGUAGCUGGACAAUAUUCGACAGCGGUUUGAUGGAAGACUUGUCAGCUGAGACUUACGAAGCAUUUGCCAAAGAUGUGGUGGACAGCCAGGCACGAUUAAGACGCUUGAAGAAGGUCGGCUUCUGGUCGAUCUCGUUAGCCAUUCAGGCGCUGUUUAUGGGAAUGGCGGGAAAUGUGGCAUGAUAUCAACGAUUCUUCACUCACUUUUAACGAACAUGUAUAAAAAUCUUAGUCAUGUUGUAGAUUAUGGAAUCGUCGGUUCUGGUUGGUGUCUGGGACAGCUGAUGCUACGGCUAAGCUUGGGAUGGCUGCAUAAAAUGGAGUUCUGGGACCUUGAGAUACAUAAUUGACACAUUUUGUA